AUGAUGGCGGGGGGCGCCGGCCGGGACGGGCUCGGGGCUGGGUGGCGGGAGCCGGACCCGGCUCCGGCGUGGCCUCUGGCACCGACCCCGGCCUCAACACCCUCUUUGUCUCUGGCCUCGGAGUCUCUCCAACCCCUGCAGGACCUGACCGGCGAUGGAGGGGUGCGCAAGGAGCAGCUGCGCCCCGGCACCGGGCAGCCCGUGCCCCCAUCCGCCUCCGUGGCAGUGAAGUACUCUGGGUACCUGGGAAAUUGGAAUAAGCUCUUCUGUUCAAAUGGGAACAGCAAGUAUCCAAGGCUGAUGAAACUUGGGAAAGACAUCACACUGUGGGGGCUGGAGAUCGGGCUGCUGUCUAUGACCAAAGGAGAGGCUGCGCUCUUCGUCCUCGCUCCAGAGUACGCCUAUGGCCAGCGGGGCUGUCCUCCCUCCAUCCCCCCAAACACCACGGUCCUCUUCAAGGUGGAGGUGUUGGACUUCAUAGACUCAGAGGAAUGCGACGCCUUCUUUGAGCUGACUUAUGAACAGCGGGAUAGACUUCCUCUAGAAAAGGUGUUGAAAGUGGCAGCCACAGAGAGAGAGUUUGGCAACUACUUCUUCUAUAAGCAGCGCUUCAAGAUUGCCAAAGACAGAUACAAGAGGGCACUCUCCAUCCUGGGUCGCAGCUCCUCCAGUAAGGCAGAGCAGAGCCAGAUCAACGCUUCCAAACUGCUGCUGUUCCUGAAUCUCUCACUCACAUACCUGAAACUGGAACGUGCUGACCGAGCUUUGAAAUACGGGGAGUUAGCCUUGGAGAUGGACCAAGGAAAUGCCAAAGCGCUGUUCAGGUGUGGCCAGGCUUGUCUUUACAUGAGGGAGUACAGCAAAUCCCGGGAUUUCCUGGCCAGAGCUCAGUGCAUCCAGCCCUUCAACCGUGAUAUCAACAAAGAGCUGAAAAAGUUAGCAAGAUACUACAAGGAGUACAUGGAAAUGGAGAAAGAAAUGUGCUGCCAGAUGUUUGACCCUCUCAAUUCUUAUGGCUGAGAAGAAAUCAAGGACUGUUGCAGCUGUCCACCUUUUGGCACAUGGAGACCUCGGCAUCACAAGUUUUCAGAAAAGGGGCAGAAGCACUGUCUUACUUCAAGAGACUGAAGUGAAGGUUCAGUGUUUAUACACAACCUGAUUUUCCUGAAGUUUGGUUUGUUUGCUGUGUUUUCAGGCAGUUUCCAGAAUAAUUAAAUCCAUGCUGUUGGAGAGAGGAAUGGGUCUGUGAAAAUUCCUUCUCUUCUCCCAUGCACACUGUUUGAAGAAAACUCUUUCCUGAUGUCCUGCCUCUUGCAGAUAGAUUCCAGGCUGCUUUCAGGGAAUUUCUAAACGGGAGGCGGAUGCU